AUGUCUGGUACUUCCAGUCUGGAUCGGUGAGCUGCUUACACAGGCGUGUUCACUGUCAGCGUACACUCGCUUACAUCCACCCUCGUCAUCACCACAGGCAGAUACAGCAGCUCAAAGAGUGGUGAGCCAUCAGCACACCCUGUGCAUGCUUCCCUCAUCCCACCCCUGACCACCUUCAACCCGCUCGACGCCUUCCCCCUUCAGCCAACCCAUCUCGGAACAACAAGUCAAGGACCUGUGCUUGAAGGCGCGCGAGAUCCUGGUCGAGGAAGCGAACGUGCAAUGGAUCGACUCGCCCGUCACCAUAUGCGGUGACAUACACGGCCAGUUCUGGGACCUGCUCGAGCUCUUCAACGUCGGCGGUUCCUGUCCCGAUACCAACUAUCUGUUCUUAGGUGAGAGGCUCUUGGCUUCCUAAGCCCCCCGGCACGCCGCACCCCCUGACUGUAUGCAUCUCCCUUCCCCCCCUCCCCCUUCCCAGGCGACUACGUCGACCGAGGCUUCUACUCCGUCGAGACCUUCCUCCUCCUCCUCGCUCUCAAAGUACGCUAUCCGGACCGCAUCACCCUCAUCCGAGGCAACCACGAAUCCCGCCAAAUCACCCAAGUCUACGGCUUCUACGACGAGUGCCUCAAGAAAUUCGGCAGCGCGAGCGUGUGGAGGUACUGCUGCGAGGUGUUUGAUUACCUCAGUUUGGGCGCGGUCGUCGAUGGGAGGGUCUUUUGCGUUCAUGGCGGGCUGAGCCCGAACGUGCAGAGUCUCGAUCAGGUCAGUCCAUCGCACCUUUGUUUCGGCGCUUUCGAGGUAAGGGUGCUCAAACCCGCCUUCACGCCGUCGCGUUUCCACCCAGAUCCGCCUGAUCGACCGAAAACAAGAAGUUCCCCACGACGGAGCCAUGUGCGACCUCUUGUGGUCCGACCCGGACGAUAUCGAAGGGUGGGGGUUAUCCCCGAGAGGAGCGGGUUACCUCUUCGGCGCCGACGUCGUGCGCCAUUUCGUCCACAAUAACGAUUUGGACCUCAUCGCACGGGCUCAUCAAUUGGUACGUUUGCUUGCAUUGAGCGGGGACGCUAUCUAGAACGACAGAAUUGAUUGACGCUUUGUUAUACAUCAGGUAAUGGAGGGCCACAAGCUCAUGUUCGAGAACCUGAUCGUCACCGUAUGGUCCGCCCCGAACUAUUGCUACCGGUGCGGCAACAUCGCCUCGAUCUUGACCUUGGACGAGAACCUGCAGUCGACGUACAAGAGUUUCGACGCGGCACAACAGGACUCGCGAGGGAUCCCGGCCAAGUCGACGGCGCUGCAGUACUUUUUAUGA